CUCCAAAAGAUUUCUUUGAGGCAGAACCUUGGAAUGCGCCUGCGCAUUCUCGCCUUCUUCGCCGCCCUUAAGAAAGGUGGUGCCCGCUGAAACCGCCCGUAAAGGCUGUCAGCAACUGACUUGAUGACGCGUAAGAGAUGCGCCGCCGGAUGAGGCGAGCGCGGGGGCACGGCUUUGGUCGGGAGAACUUCUGGAGCGCCUCGCUGCGUGUGUUAAGUGGAGCCCUGGAAUCUUGUUCCAAAAUGCUUCCCCAAUGGUACCAGUGGCCAUGAAUCAGUUUUCAGUGGAUCUAUACUAGUUCAAGUACUUGAUUUAAAUGGAUCAACCAACAAAAGAACUCAGGUCUGGAAUCUUUACAGUAUUUUAUAUACUUGAUGUUUCCCCAAAUAUGUCAAUACAGACUGCAAAGCUAGUUGUUGGGAUGCUUUAAGGAAAGCUACUUUCAUAAGCCAGAUGUUGUGAAGCUUCAUUUCUGGAUUUAGUUUCUGGAAGUAGUCAUUUGACUGGACACCUGAUUGCUACAAUGGAUCAAAACAACAGUUUACCACCCUACGCUCAGGGCUUAGCAUCCCCACAGAGUGCAAUGACUCCAGGUAUCCCUAUUUUUAGUCCCAUGAUGCCCUAUGGCACUGGGCUCACACCCCAACCUGCUCAGAGUACCAACAGUUUAUCUAUCCUGGAAGAACAACAGAGGCAACAGCAGCAACAAGCAGCAGCACAGCAGUCCACUUCACAGCCAACACAAGGAGCAUCUGGCCAAACCCCACAGCUCUUCCACUCACAGACUCUUACAACUGCUCCUUUACCCGGAACCACACCUCUCUACACCUCUCCAAUGACGCCCAUGACCCCAAUAACACCUGCCACCCCUGCUUCUGAAAGCUCUGGGAUUGUACCGCAGCUGCAGAAUAUUGUGUCUACAGUAAACCUUGGUUGCAAACUUGACCUAAAAACCAUUGCUCUUCGUGCUCGAAAUGCUGAAUACAAUCCCAAGCGUUUUGCUGCUGUAAUUAUGAGAAUAAGAGAGCCACGUACAACAGCCCUCAUAUUCAGCUCUGGAAAAAUGGUGUGUACAGGAGCUAAAAGUGAGGAGCAAUCCAGGCUGGCUGCAAGAAAGUAUGCUAGAGUUGUACAGAAGUUGGGCUUUCCCGCAAAAUUCUUGGAUUUUAAAAUUCAAAAUAUGGUGGGCAGUUGUGAUGUAAAAUUCCCUAUCAGACUUGAGGGAUUGGUUCUUACACAUCAACAGUUUAGCAGUUACGAGCCAGAGUUGUUUCCUGGUUUAAUAUACAGAAUGAUCAAACCAAGAAUUGUACUGCUUAUAUUUGUUUCUGGAAAGGUAGUUUUAACUGGUGCAAAAGUCAGAGGUGAAAUUUAUGAAGCAUUUGAAAAUAUUUAUCCUAUUUUAAAAGGAUUCAGAAAAACAACGUAACAGUUCCAUGUGCUUAUUCAUGAAGCUGGAGCACAUUUUAAAAGGUAUUGAUUAUGGCACAGCGGUAAAACACACAUCAGGACUUGGAAUAUCUUCCCAGAUAGUGCCUGUUUCCGUUUUUCACGGGAAGGGGAUAUAUCAUUGUGUGUUUCGUCUGCACUGAGUCACUGUGCAUUGCUUCACCAUGUUCUCAUUGGAGAAAUAACUGAGCUUAUUUAUAUUUCUGGCUCUUAAAAUGGAUAAUUUUUAAAAUCUGAAAAGCUUAUGCUGGCAAGUUGGCUAAACUGUAUUACCCAACAUUUAAAACCUUGGGGUUAUUUACAGUAUUCUUUCAACCGUGGAUUUUAUAACCAGAAACUUUAAUUUUAUGCUUUUAGACCUACUUCCACAUUCCCUAUAUUUCCAGUGUUCAGCAGGACAGAAACUUUGCUAGCGAAGACAGAUGGCUGUAUAUAUUUCUCAUUUUGUGAAGCAAUUCUAAAUGUAUAAUUAACAGUUUAUGAAACUUGACUAAAUAAUUUGAUAGUAAAACUUGUGAUCAAUCUUUGCUUUUGCUGUUUUAAUGUGCUAACUGCAUGCGUAUAGCUUAAACAUCUUGAUUUUUAUAAGAUUUUUCUUAACAAUCCAGUAUUAAAGUAAUGUUUUGCCAUUUAAGUUAUUUCUGUGUUGUUUCUUAGUAGUGACUUAGCCUGAGGUCCUUACCUCCAAGAGGACUUAGAGCUAUAGGAUUUUUUCCUUCCAAUAUUAAAGGGGGAAGAAUAUGUUAAUGAUAGAAAAAGCUUCGGAGAUCCAUUCCUUCCAC